AACAGGAUAUCCACCAACUGAUUCUCCACCCUCUCAUGUCUUCAGGAAUGUCACGGUCUGAUGUUUGGAGUCGUAGGAAACAUGCUUUGUUUGCACAGAACAAUACAUCAUGGAAACCGGACACCUGUCAGGACUGUACCUGCUACAGCGAUAUUGUCAUCUGCCGACCCACUCGCUGUCGAAAUCCCCAAUGUGACUUUCAGAGGGGUGAACGCUUGAGAAUUCCGCCCGACAAGUGUUGUCCUGAAUGUUUCGCAUCAUCGUCUGGUAUAUGCCACCAUGAGGGAGUGGCGUACGGGCAUGACAGUCAGUGGAGUAAUUCCAAAUGUUCGGUGUGCACAUGUUCUCAUGGGAAGGUGUCCUGUGGGUCACGUGCUUGUGCUCCCCUCAGCUGUGGUAGAGACCAGAGUCCCUUCAUCCCAGAUGGUGAAUGCUGCCCUAUAUGCGCUCAGAAUGGGGACUCUUGUUCCUGGGAAGGUCAUGAGUACAGAGAUGGUGUGGAAUGGACACCCAGCCCAUGUUCAAAGUGUCGGUGUAGAAACGGACUUACUGAAUGUUUGGUUGCAGAGUGUCAGCCUGUUACAUGCAAAACGAAUGAGAAUCUGGUGGUCCAACCAGGGCACUGCUGUCCUGUAUGUGAGCCGAAUUCCUGCAUGGAAGCUGGGAUUGAGUAUAAGUAUGGUGAACAAUGGAAGAAAGGAAGCUGUACCACAUGUGUGUGUGAUGGAGGUCUGUCUCGCUGUCACACAGAAAAGUGUCCUCCUCUUCACUGUGACAAGGGUCAGAUAAAGGUCAAGCGAGUCGGCCAGUGCUGUGAAGUGUGUGUCGCAUCUAAAGACAGCUGUCGCUAUGAAGGUGUCAUCCGUUACCAUGGCGAUAUGUGGAACGGCACAGGUUGCGAGUUCUGCAUGUGCGAACGGGGUCAGGUCCUGUGCCAACGGGUGGAGUGUGCCAGACAGGAGUGCCCGCAGGGAAAAAAGCUGGUCCAGUUGUCGGGAAAGUGCUGCCCCGAGUGUAAAUCAACCACUAGCUUCUGCUCAUACUUACUACCAGACCAAAAGGGGCAGAAUACAAAAGUCAAGAGCUUCAGACAUCUGGCUGAUUUAGAGAGUGUCAGAGAGGGGCCGUGUCGUGAAUGCCAGUGUCAGGACGGUCACUUGACCUGUUACCAGCGCUCUUGUCCCACCUGUGCAUUGGGAACUUUGACUAUACCUCGCCAUGAGCAGUGCUGUCCUGAUUGCAAUUUAGCCGUCCAGUGUCACCAGGAUUGUUUAACAUGUUCUGGCACACCAGAUCAUUGUGACAGUUGUAAGAACCCUUCUGCCCUGCUGAUGAAUGGACGCUGUGUGCAGUACUGUCCCCAAGGCUUUUUCGCUCAGGGCAAAGUUUGUGCAGCCUGUCAGCCGUCCUGUGCCACCUGUGAGAAUGACUUUGAAUGCACAGCGUGUGGUGGGUCUUUUCUCUUCAGUGGCAGGCAAUGUGUGACCACCUGUGAGGGAGGUCUUUUCCAGGACCACACACGCUGUCUCCGUUGCCAUGACUCCUGUUUGUCGUGCCAGGGGGCGGGGCCUCAGGAUUGUUUGACAUGUUCAGACCCCUCUCACUUAUUGAAGGAUGGAUUGUGUGUUACAGACUGUGGCCCUGGCUACUACGCUAGUCAAGGCAGCUGUUAUGCUUGUGACCCUUCUUGUGCGACCUGUCAACCUGGCAGUCCUCGCUGCAUGACCUGCCCAUCAGAACAUGCAUUGCAUCAUGGGAAAUGUGUACAACAGUGUCCACCACAGUAUUACGAGGACAACCAUGGCCAUUGCCAAGCAUGCCACAGUUUGUGUGCAUCCUGCUCAGGUCCCACUGUGUCUCAGUGCAUCUCUUGCCCAAGAUCUCUCUUCCUGAACCAAGGCCAGUGUGUGGAGUCCUGUGGAGAGGGCCUGUUCUCCAGGGACGGCCACUGUCACAGGUGCCAUGUGUCCUGCAGGGCGUGUGUGGGCCCUGAUUCCUCAGACUGCAAAUGCUGUGUCAAACAAGAGCAGGUUCUGCAACCACAAAAUGAAGACGUCUCUCACGGGUCCUGUCAGUCUGCCUGCAGGCCACAGCAUUACAUUGACCCAGAUCUGACCUGCAGAGCGUGUCACACCUCAUGUUCGGACUGCACUGGAGGAAAUUUCCAGAACUGCACUUCCUGUCUACUUCGCAGUGUUCUCCACCAAGAGCAGUGUAUCAAUAAAUGUCCCCAUGGUUUCUAUGUCCAAGAUCAGACAUGCCAAGCAUGUCACCCAUCAUGUAAGGAGUGCACAGGCCCGUCCCAGGCAGACUGUUCUGCCUGUCCGGCACAUGCCAGUCUUCAUAACAGAUAUUGUCGAACCAGCUGCCCUGAGGGCCAGUACCUGAAUGCUGUGGGCUACUGCAGUGAGUGUGAGGAGGGAUGUCAGCGGUGUGUUGCAGAUCUGCAGACCGGUUUUGGUACGGUGUGUUUGUGGUGUAAGGUUCCAAGAAUGUUGCUCCUGGGAGAUCACUGUGUUCCGCAGUGCCCAUCCAAAUACUACCAGAGACACGGAGCCUGCAAAAAAUGUCACUCUUCCUGUGAGGAGUGUGGUGGGGAUGGUCCUCUCUCCUGUACUUCCUGUUUGGCCCCUGCUGUUCUGGUCCCGUCAGGUUUUUGCAGCACUCGCUGUCCAUCUGGAUAUUACGCUGAUGAAGACGGAGUGUGCCAAAUGUGUGACAGUCAGUGUCUGAGCUGUGAAAUGCCUGGUGUGUGUACGUCGUGUAGAGAUCCAGCUAAAGUGCUUCUCUUUGGAGAGUGUCAGUAUGAGAGCUGCGCACAUCAGUAUUAUCUCAACACAACCACACGCGUGUGCAGAGAAUGUGACUGGAGCUGUAACGCCUGCCGCGGUCCCCUGCGUAGUGACUGUCUGCAGUGCAUGGAGGGAUAUGUCCUGCAGGAUGGCAUUUGUGUGCCAGGCUGCUCACUGGGAUACUACCAAGAUGCUGAGAGAUGUCUGAGCUGUGAUGAGCACUGUGAGCAGUGCCAGGCCCACGGCCGAUGCCAACAGUGCCAGCUGCCGUAUUCCGUGUUGAAUGGGCUGUGCGUGCUGGAAUGCGGCAAACAUCACUUUCUAGAUGACUCUAACCGUCAGUGUUCCGCAUGCUCAUCUGGUUGCUCGGAGUGUGUGAGUUUAGCUGAGUGCCGUAUCUGUGCUGAGAACUUCUUUUUGAAGAACGGCCGAUGUAGCCCGGACUGUGGGCACGGAUACUACGCUGACCGAAAAAGCAGAACUUGCUACGCAAACAACCGUGCUCCAUCCCUCUACAUCAAUGGCUCUCUAUUAGUUCCUAUUGGUGGAGUUAAGCCUCUGGAUCCUGCGCUCCUGUCAAUCAAGGAUGCAGACAGCCAAUCAGAGAGUAUGCUGCUCCAGCUCCUUCAGCCACCAAAUAACGGUCAUCUAGUGAUCCUGGAGAAUGAGAGAAAGAGAACACUGGGCAAAGACGACACUUUCACCCUCACACAGCUUAAACGCAGAGCUGUGCGCUUUGUUCACGACAGAGAACAGACCAAAAGUGGGCAGUUCAUGUUAAGGGCAGCGGAUCCUCAACUGUUUUCACAGCCACAAACUGUUCAUGUGCAGGCGGUCUCCAAACAGCCACCCACUGUGAUGUCCAACCAAGUCUUCCACAUCAAGUCUGGUGAGACCGCUAUCAUCAGUAGGACCAUUCUUCACAUCGAUGACCUCGAUAACCCACAGGACGUUUUCAUCACGGUUUUGGAUCCACCUCAACACGGCCACCUGACGCAUGUGCACGGCGACGUGCCCGUAACCCAUUUUAAGCUGGAGGAGCUGGAUCGUGAGCAGCUUCAGUACGUACAUGACCGUUCAGGUGGAGACCAGGAUAGACUUCUGCUGCAGAUCAAUGAUGGACACAGCUACCAGAACAUUCUGUUCUACAUCAGCGUUGCACAGAAGGUUGGGUUGACAACUCAUUUGCGUUCAGUGCCUAAGACCUGGGUCAAAGAAGGAGGAAUGGUACAACUGUCUAAGAAAUGUCUCAACGCUCAGUUCAAAGGAACCGGUGACUCUGAAAUCCUCUACACCAUCAACUCAGAGAACGGACAGCCCAAAUACGGGGAGAUUGUGCUGGUGUAUAUGCCUGCUGACGGUCCGGUGGAGGCUUGGCAGUUCCAUCCGGAUGGCAAGGACACCACAGCUACAAGUUCAUUUACACAGCAGGAUAUUAAUGAGGGAACUGUCUGGUAUAGACAUUACGGAUCUGGAACACAGAAAGACACUUUUCAGUUUCAGGUUUCAAGUGAGGUGUAUCCAGAGACUCUGAGUGAUACACAGACCUUUACUAUAGGAGUGAUGCCGCAGACCCCCGGCCUGCCUCAGCUCUCGCCUGGAGUAGACCUGCAGAUCAAUGCACUUGAAGAUCGUGUGACUGUGAUAUCUCCCUCGGCUCUUUCCUUCACUGACUCUGAGACGCCCAGCGACAAGCUUGUCUACAACAUCACCAAACCGCUCACCUCAGGCCACGGUGCGCUGGAGCACAGGGACAGACCUUACCAGCAUGUGCGUGUCUUCACCCAGGCUGAUGUAGACAGUGGCAAAAUAAUCUACAGGCCCCCACAAGCCCCCUCUCAUCUCCAGGAGCUCUAUCAGUAUUCUUUUACAGGUCUUCCAGAAUCCGUGAGUCUCCAUUUUACAGUAUCUGAUGGGGAGCAUAAGACACCAGAGAUGGACUUUUCUAUCCUGUUGUUGGUCAAUCAUCAGCAGCCGCCGGUCUUUCAGAUAUUGGAUCCAUUGCUGGAGGUCACCCUGGGGGGCAGGGCACCAGUGGGUGCACGGCAGUUAGCUGUGACAGACGCUGACACGGCUCCUGAUGAACUGGAGUUUGAGCUUGUGGAAGGGCCUCUCCAUGGCACUCUUAUGAGAGUGGAACUUGGUUCCAAAAUCGAGAUGGUCAAUGGUGACAUCUUCACCUUCGGUGACAUCACCAGGAACGUUCUGCAGUAUGCGCAUGCCGGUCUCACCACAGAGGAAGACUCCAUGACCUUCUCUGUGACGGAUGGGCUCUCUAUGACCUCAAUUACAGUGCAGGUGUUGGUGUCGGAGGUCAAAGGUGACGCACCCAGACGUGACCCUGAGGCCUUGCUGUCCAUGGAGGUGGCGGAGAAGAGCAGCAGCAGCAUCAGACGAUCACACUUGGCUUAUGUGGAUGAUGAAUCUGCAGAUGAGAACAUUUAUGUGCAGCUAAUGUCUUUGCCAAUGUACGGAAUCCUCACCAGAACCAAAUUAGAAACAGACCAUGAGGAGCUUAGUGAAUAUUCUUCCUUUACCAUGGCAGACAUCAACAACCACAAAAUCAGGUAUGUUACGUCUUUUGAAACUGGCAACCAGCCAGUGACCGACAUUUUCCACUUUGUUGUGUAUGAUGGCGAGAACAAUCGUCUGGAGAAUCAGAUGUUUACCAUCACCAUCACCUCUGCUCAGAAGCAGCCACCUGUCGUCACCGUCCGCAGCGGCAUUAAGGUACAGGAAGGAGGCAGAGUGCAAAUCUCAGCCAAUCACAUUAUUGCAUAUGACCCAGACACGCCCAGAAAGGAUCUGCUGGUGUGGCUGAUCACUCAACCGAAGUACGGCUUCAUUGAGAACUCAAAUUCAGCAGUGGGAACGAUCGGUGGAUCUCGUGUCAUCAGCCCUGACGUUCCCUUUACUAUAGAAGAUCUCACUUCGGACCAUAUAUUCUACGUCCAAAACAUCCUCCUGCCCAACAUCCACCAGGACGUCUUUAGCUUUUACAUAAGUGAUGGAUCAAGCCAAACAGAGGCUUUUGAUGUUACUAUAGACAUCCAGCAAACCAAGGAGGAAAGAGUCCCCAUCGUGUCGGUAAACAGCAUCCAAGUGGAGGAGAACUCAGGUGUGGUCAUCACUAACUCCUCUCUGAAUGUGCUGGACCACGACACACCUGAGAAUGAACUCCUCCUUACCGUCAUCAAGAGGCCAGUAUACGGGAAGUUACGCAGAAGGCAGUUCUACUCCCAGCCUUUCGAGAAUGGCAAGAUCCUUCAGCAGGGUUCCACAUUCACCUACCAGGACGUUCUAGAUGAGCUGCUGGUUUAUACUCCAGACGGACAUAGUUCUGGGACAGACGAGAUUCAGUUUUCAGUGACAGACGGCAUCUACACAGAGACGGGCCGUCUGGAGAUCAGCAUGGACAUUAGGAGGAAAGAAGGCCCUAGAGUCACUUUCAAUAGAGGACUACAGAUUGCAGCAGGUUCCUCAUCAAAGAUCACGGAGCAGCAUCUGAAAGGUACAGACAUAGACUCGGAUGACCUGAAGCUGCGCUUUACCCUCACUAAAGACCCGAGUGUGGGCUCUCUCCUGCUGAACACGGGCAAACACAAGGCUCAGAUAUCCGUUAAAGGACUUGUCACCAGCUUCACCCAAGAUGACAUCAACAAAGGCUAUGUGGAAUACAUUCAUGAAAAGGGAGAAGAUGGCGGUAGUUUCUCUUUUAAGUUCAACCUGGAGGACCCUGAGGGAAACAGAGUCAUUGACCAGUCUUUCUUCAUUAGCGUUCUGGAGGACAGACUUCCUCCCGCAGUGGUGGUUAAUAAGGGUUUGGUUUUGGAUGAGAACACACUGAAGAAGAUCACGACACUGCAGCUCUCCUCUACCGAUCAGGACAGCGAACCUGACGAACUCGUCUACAGAAUUACCAAACAGCCUCAGCUCGGACAUUUAGAACACUCCAGCAACCCGGGAACACGUAUCAGCACGUUCACCCAGGCUGACCUCACCUCUCGCAACAUUCAGUACGUCCACACCAGUGAAGAAGAGAUGCAUUCUGAUGACUUCACCUUCACGGUGUCUGAUGGAGUCAAUGAGAUGUCACAGUCAUUCUCCAUCACGAUUCGGCCAGUGGACGACUCUCUGCCCAUGCUGCAGGUGCCAGGGAUGAGAGUGCAGGAGGGAGUGAGGAAGACCAUCACUGAGUUUGAGCUGAAGGCCACGGAUGCUGACACAGAGGAGGACUCUAUUACAUUCACUAUCGUUCAGGCUCCUCGUCAUGGUACCAUCGAGCGUACCAGCAACGGUCAACAUUACCGUCAGACAAACACCUUCACUAUGGACGACAUCUAUCAGAACCGCAUCAGCUACAACCAUGAUGGCAGUAACUCUCUUAAAGACAGAUUCACAUUCACUGUCGGCGACGGGACCAACAUGUUUUUCAUUGUCGAAGAGGGUGGAAAAGAGGUUGUAACAGCUGCUCCACAGAAGUUUAAAAUUGAUAUUUUGCCUGUUGAUGAUGGAACCCCUCGAAUCGUCACCAACCUGGGUCUGCAGUGGCUGGAGUACAUGGACAAUAAGGCCACCAGUCUGAUCUCCAAGAAAGAGCUUCUCACAGUUGAUCCGGACACAGAUGAUGGACAGCUGACUUAUGAGAUCAUUACAGAACCCAAAUACGGUUACCUGGAGAGUAAACUCAAAUCUGGAAAACCUAUCACUUCUUUCACACAAGCCGACAUAAACCUUGGCCUUAUCCGAUACGUCCUGAAUGAGAACGGUGUUCAGGAGACCAUGGAUAACUUCAAGUUUCUUGUGAAGGACAGCAAGCCCAACAUCGUCAGUGACAAUGUGUUCCACAUUCAAUGGUCAUUGAUCAGCUUUGAGCACAAGAGUUACAAUGUUAGUGAAAAAGCUGGAACUGUGGCGGUCACGGUGAAGAGAACCGGCAAUCUGAACCAAUAUGCCAUUGUGCUGUGCCGAACUGAGCAGGGCACUGCGACAUCCACGUCUGGCAUGGGCUCUAGGCCUGGACAACAGGACUAUGUUGAGUAUGCAGGACAGGUUCAGUUUGAUGAGAGAGAAGACACUAAGGUGUGCACCAUAGUGAUCAAUGAUGACCAGGUCUUUGAGAACACAGAGAGCUUUAACGUGGAGCUCAGCAUGCCGGUGUACGCCCUGUUGGGCUCGGUGACCCGAGCUAAAGUUAAUAUCAAUGACACAGAAGAUGAACCCAAACUGCAGUUUGAUAAGAAGAUCUACCACGUCAAUGAGAGCAAGGGCUUCAUCUUCGCUCCUAUUGAGAGAAAGGGUGACACCAGCAGCACAGUCUCAGCUCUCUGCUACACCGUGCCCAAAUCAGCCAAGGGCAGCAGCCUGCAUGCUCUGGAGUCUGGAUCUGACUAUAAGACCCGCGGGAUGAGCAGUGACAACCGGGUCAUCUUCGGCCCAGGUGUGAGCAUGUCCACCUGUGACGUGAAGCUGAUCGAUGACAGUGAAUAUGAGCUCUCAGAGGAGUUUGAGCUGGUGCUGUCGGACGCCUCGGACAACGCACGCAUGGGGGAUGUCACAGUGGCCAAAGUCAUCAUAGAUGGGCCGAACGAUGCCUCCACUGUCUCCCUGGGCAACGGGUCUUUCACCUUCAGUGAAGAUGCAGGCACCAUUGAAAUCCCUGUGGUGCGGCAGGGCAGUGACCUCUCCUCUGUGACCUCUGUUUGGUGUGCCACACGUCCUGCGGAUCAGGAUUCUGCCACGCCUGGUGUGGACUACAUCCCCAGUUCCAAAAAGGUGGAAUUUAAGCCGGGCAAAACUGAGGAGACAUGCAGUUUAACCAUAAUGGAUGACAUCCAGAACCCUACGAUUGAAGGGAAAGAGUCCUUCAUUGUGUUCCUCAGUUCUCCCAACGGAGCUGUCCUUACCGAACCAUAUGAAGCCCCUGUGUACAUCACGGACACCACACAAGACAUACCCAGCAUGCAGUUUGAGAAGUUGGCGUAUACUGUGAAGGAGAAAGAUGGCGUUCUGCACAUUCCUAUUUUUAGGACGGGAGAUCUUAGCUACAAGUCGUCUGUCCGCUGUUUCACACGCACAAUGUCCGCUAUGGUGAUGGAUGACUUUGAAGAGAGGAGAAAUGCAGAUGACUCGCGAAUCACUUUUAAAAAAGGAGAGAAGGUGAAGAAUUGUACUGUAUUAAUUCAAGACGACUCAGUAUUUGAACCUGAAGAGGAAUUCCAGGUCCAUCUUGGCAGCCCACAAGGUGACCAUUGGAUUGGAGCAAUGAUUGGAGUCAGUGACAUUGUAACUGUGACCAUUACAAAUGAAGAAGAUGCACCUACGAUAGAGUUUGAGCAAGCCUCGUACCAAGUUCGAGAGCCCCCUGGCCCAGAUGGAAUCGAAGUUUUAAAUAUCAAGGUCAUUCGUAAAGGAGACCUUGACCGCACCUCCAAGAUCCGAUGCAGCACAAGGGAUGGAUCUGCUCAGUCUGGUGUGGACUAUAACCCCAAGAGUCGAGUACUCAAGUUCAGCCCUGGUGUGGACCACAUCCUCUUUAAGGUGGAAAUCCUUUCCAAUGAGGAUAGAGAGUGGCACGAGUCCUUCUCGCUGGUCCUUGGUCCGGACGACCCCGUUGAAGCAGUGAUUGGAGAGAUCACCAUGGCAACAGUGACCAUCCUAGAUCAGGAAGCGGCAGGAAGUCUCAUCCUUCCAGCUCCACCUAUUGUGGUGUCUCUGUCAGACUAUGACUACGUCCAGGAGGUCACUAAAGAGGGCAAUAAGAAGUCUCCAUCUCCUGGAUAUCCUUUGGUGUGUGUGACUCCUUGCGACCCGCAUUACCCCAAAUAUUCAGUCAUGAAAGGACGCUGUGAGGAGGCAGGCAUCAACCGGACCUCCAUCCACUUCAGCUGGGAGGUUGCAACACCCACAGACACCAAUGGAGCCCGUUCGCCCUUUGAGACAGUGACCGAUAACACACCUUACACCAAAGUCAAUCAUAUGGUCCUGGACGGUAUCUAUUUUAGCAGACGUUUCCAUGUGCGUUGUGUAGCGCAGGCCAGAGAUAAAGCCGGGCACUUGGGGACUCCCCUAAGGAGCAACAUUGUUGUCAUCGGCACUGAAGGCGCAAUAUGUCACACCCCAGUUACCACGGGAACCGGUCGCGGCUUCCAGGCUCAGUCCUUUAUUGCCACCCUGAAGUACCUAGAUGUGAAACACAAAGAGCAUCCAAACAGGAUCCAUAUCUCAGUACAAAUCCCUCAUCAGGAUGGAAUGCUUCCCUUAGUGUCCACCAUGCCUUUGCACAACUUACAUUUCCUCCUGUCUGAGUCCAUUUACAGACAGCAACAUGUCUGUUCCAACCUGGUCACACUUAAAGACCUGCAUGGUAUCUCUGAAACCGGCUUCUUGGAUGAUGUGUCAUAUGACAGCAUAUCCCUCGGUCCGGGGUACGACCGUCCGUACCAAUUCAACCCCAAUGUCCGAGAACCCAAAUCCAUCCAGUUAUACAAGCAUCUCAAUCUGAAAAACUGCAUAUGGACAUUUGAUGCUUAUUAUGACAUGACAGAGCUGAUCGAUGUGUGCGGAGGAUCAGUCACCGCUGACUUUCAGGUCAGAGACUCGGCUCAGUCGUUCCUGACAGUGCAGGUGCCGCUCUUUGUAUCCUACAUCUAUGUCACGGCUCCCCGCGGAUGGGCCUCCCUGGAGCACCACACAGAGAUGGAGUUCUCUUUCUUUUAUGACACAGUCCUAUGGAGAACAGGCAUUCAGACAGACAGCGUUCUGUCGGCUAGAUUACAGAUCAUUCGCAUCUUCAUUCGGGAUGAUGGGCGCCUUGUGAUCGAGUUCAAAACCCAUGCCAAGUUCAGAGGCCAGUUUGUCCCUGAACAUCACACGCUCCCUGGACAGAAGUCUCAUCUGAUGGCCCCAGAUCACUUGGGAGGCAUCGAGUUUGACCUGCAGCUGGUAUGGAGCGCACAGUCAUUCGAUUCCCCGUAUCAGCUCUGGAGAGCCACAAGCUCCUACAGCAGGAAAGACUACUCUGGGGAGUACACAGUCUUCCUCAUUCCGUGCACGGUGCAGCCUACCCAGGCAUGGAUUGACUCUGGGGACAAGCCUCUUUCCUGCACAGCUCAUGCACCAGAGAAAUUCCUGUUGCCCAUUGCCUUUCAACAAACCAACCGCCCAGUUCCUGUAGUCUACUCACUGAAUACUGAAUUCCAGCUCUGUAAUAAUGAGAAAGUCUUGCUAAUGGAUCCUGCUAUUGCGGAGAUGUCCGUAGCUGAGAUGGACUAUAAAGGAGCCUUCUCUAUGGGUCAAACACUCUAUGGAAGAGUACUGUGGAACCCCGACCAGAACUUAAAUUCGGCAUAUAAACUGCAGCUGGAGAAAGUGUAUCUAUGCACAGGGCGGGACGGCUACGUGCCCUUCUUCGACCCCACGGGAACCCUGUACAAUGAAGGCCCUCAGUACGGCUGCAUUCAACCAAACAAGCACCUCAAACACAGAUUCCUGCUUCUGGACCGGAAGCAGCCUGAUGUUUGUGAUCGCUAUUUUCACGACGUUCCCUUUGAGGCCAACUUUGCAUCUGAUAUUCCCGACCUCCAGUCUUUGUCUGCGAUGCCAGGUGUGGAUGGCUUCACAAUGAAGGUCGAUGCUCUUUAUAAGGUUGAGGCAGGGCACCAGUGGUACCUCCAGGUGAUCUAUGUUAUCGGACCCGAGUCCAUAUCCGCUCCCAGAAUUCAACGCUCUGUGACCCAUGAGCUGAAGCGAAGUCGCAGAGAUCUUGUAGAUCGUUCAGGUCGCCUAACGCUGGAUGAAUCCCUAAUCUACGACAAUGAAGGUGACCAAAUAAAGAACGGCACCAACAUGAAGAGUUUAAAGCUUGAGGUGGAACCACCGGGCACCUUCAACCACCAGAUGGGAGGAUCCAUCGGGGGUGGCGUGGCUGCCAUCGUCCUACUUUUUCUGUUUCUUCUAGCUUUCUGCCUCGUGGUGAGGAAGUGUCGGAGGGUUGUCAAAAAGAGGCCUUCAAAGGCGGUUGAGGAUUAUCCUUUAAACACCAAAGUAGAAGUUUGUAUUGAACGACUGGAGAAGAACCUCAACAGCAAGCACUGCUCUGUGAGGAACGUCAACCUGCUCAACAAGAAUCCAGAGACUUACAAAGUCAACAGUGUGAAAGUUAAACAAGUCAAUCUGGAGGUCAAACUCCACAACAACCUGAACGAUGGCACUGAAGUCUGACCAUCUAUAGUAUUUAAUGACAAAAAAAAACAUUUUCUAAUAAUAUUUGUGAUAAUGAUGUUGUUAAUGUAUUUUUGUAUGACCCUGAGUGAAAAAGGGAAAGUAUGCUUGCCAGCUAUGCAGUGUAAAUCAUUUCACAACUGAGCUACCUCAAAAAGAAACACAAAACAACACAAAACAGUGUCUUAAAAUCUUGUUUUCAGUCUGUGAGUUUCUGAGUUAAAAAUCAUUGUUCUAUAUGAGCAUCAAAACAGCAAGCGGUAGCUCAGCCUCUCUUUUUGACUUGAAAUGAAUAGAGAGUUUGUAUCACUGCACCUGCUAUUCUAUCAUGCCAGUAAAACACACAUGAAAGUAUUAAAGGAAGGACGUGUGCCAAUGCUUAAGACCGGGUGAGUGAUGUAAAUACUGUAUGUUUCUUAAGUGCAAUUACCUGAUGACAUGGUCAUCCCUGUAUUUUGAUCUGGGUUUUGACACUCUGCCUCAUUGUGACAUUUACUUUAAACUUGAUCACCGGUGUGCCAUACUGUCAAGAGCGAUUUAUUUAAUUCCAAAUCUGAAUAGACUGCCCAAAGUGAUGCAUUUCUUUAGUUUGUAUCACUACAUGCUUGAGAUCAUCAGCUGACAAGAAACCAAGUGUUUUGAUUAAAUGUAUUAUAACGGAUAACCACUAGAGAUGAACUGCCAGUCUGGUCACAACACUAAUCUGCUGUGGCAACUAAUGCUGUGUAACACUGGACAUGACUGAUGUAUGUACGAAUAUACCCAAACACUACCAAAACUGUUAUUGAACUGUCAGAUUGCACAUUAAUAAUGUUCACUAGCUAUUUCGAUAUUGUGUCAUGAGAUUAUCCACUUCAUGUUAUCUUGCAUUAUUUAGUCUUGUAUUAAUGUCACAUCAUGUAUUAAUUAAGAUAUAUCUCUUUUUUUAUUGGUUCUAUAUUUUUUUACAGUAGUUCUGUAAUGUUGCCAUAUUACAGUAUUAUUACAUAUGAUAUGUUGGUGAUGUGAUCACAAAGAUCUUUUAACCUCACCCAGGAGUUUUACAGCACCGAGUGUAGGGUAGGAAAUAUUACGAUUAUCAUUUCAUAGUCAGUCAUUUCGUUUUUUUCCCAUCCAUCUCUGUCUUUAUCCAUUACCCCCUCCCUUCCUCGCUUUAAAAUAAGUUCGGUUUUUAUCAAUUACUAUAGAGUGCCUAUGGACGGACGAUUUGGAGAUAAACGGUUUGGUGCUAUCAUAUAUGGUGACAUAAUGAACUGUAUUUGUGCCUUUUUAGCAAUAAAAUAAAAAAAUCAACCCA